AAAAAGAUUUUAAAGAUAAAAUACUAAUUAGAAUUCCAAACUCGCGCAAAGUGUAGAAUUGAAAACGUUAAAUAACAUAUUGAUAAAGGAAAACAUUGACGGGGAUCCUAAAAAUGAAGGGUAGUUUUUCGGUAGUUAAUUCAUAAAGAAAAGCGUACAAUCAUGCUGCUGGUAGCUGAAGCAAGCAAGCAAAUCAAGUUUGACUUGGUGUGGGAAUCGAGUAGCGGUUUUUUUAGUAAUUAACAUUUUAUGACCGUGAAGAUCAUCAUCAUAACAUGUCAAGCCUCCAAUGCCCGUUCUUCUAUACCUGUUCCCAUUUAAUAAUCUCUUUUGUUCCAUGUCCUCUGCGAUCUUUCCCUCUCUCCUUUUGUUCCCCAUCCGUUUCCUGCACCGUAUUUUCACCGUCCUUUUUACUCUCCCACGCAUAAUUCUUUACUCCUCAAUUUCAGUUUCUGGGUAUCAGAUAUUUUACAUUUUCUUUCUUGAUAUCCUCUCUGUAAAGUUUUAAAGGUCCUUUCUUUCUUUGGUUUCUUGAUGGUUUGAGGAGAUGGGUGUUUCCGUUUACCCAUCAAGAGGUUAGAAAUUUGUUGAAAUUGGUGGGCAAACAAAAAACAAUGAGGGAUUUUGCUGGGACUCCGGGGACUUUGACUGGGCUUGCUUUGAGGCUUUCGCAGUGUGUUUUUGCAGCUGGCUCCAUUACUGCCAUGACCACCACCACUAGCUUCUUCGAUUUCACUGCUUUCUGCUACCUCAUCGCUUCAAUGGGUCUGCAAGUCAUCUGGAGCUUUGGACUAGCACUGUUGGAUGUAUAUGCUUUGGUGAAAAAGAAGGCCCUCCACAACACUGUCUUGCUCAGCCUUUUUGUCGUUGGAGACUGGGUGACGGCAAUAUUGUCUCUUGCGGCCGCUUCAGCUUCGGCAGGCAUCACAGUGCUCUACUUCCAUGACUUGGGGAAUUGUGGUUUUGUGGGGGAGUGCCAAAAAUACCAAAUGUCAGUUGCAUUAGCAUUUUUUAGCUGGAUAACUAUUGCAGUAUCAUCUCUAAUCAUGCUUUGGCUAUUGGCUGCAGGUUAGACUGUAGUGUAUAUACAUUUGUUUCCUGUCUCAUAGAAAUUUUGAUUUCUUUACCGUGUCAAUACAAAAGAAAACAAGAAGAAUAUCGUAAUGAUUUUCAAAACUCA